CGGUCAGUUAGGAACACAAACAUCCAAUGCAAAUUCGCAUUAAAUAACUCUUUUCUCAGAGUGAAACUGAUAAAGUUUAAAACAAAGCCACCGUAAAAGUCCAAACCGCGCUGAAUAAUUGUUGCCGCGAGGGGCAUUGGCACUUCACAUUACGUUCUAUAAAGAAGUGCUCGUGCAUCGGCGGAGUUGAAUCCAGUAAUUUGUUCCAGAAGUUCAAACUGUUUAAAUUGGUGCUAACGUUUAAGGCAAUCCAGGGUGUAACGGGCUGUUGAAAGUCUCUAGUUAAACACUGACUUGUGUUGAAUGAUGUGCUAGCCUGCUUGCCUAUCAAGAUUUACUUAUUCACGUAAACUCGUUCUUAUCAAAGACUUAAUCAUGCACUGCUCGUAUGUGGACCCGUGCAAGCCAAGACCUCACCCUGGAUCAGCUGUUUGGAGAUCAGGAGGUGGUAGUCAAAACAUUCCUGACUGGGCUUACAAACCUGAAUCAGCUCCUGGCAGCAGACAAGUUCAACUCUGGCAUUUUAUAUUAGAGCUGCUUCAAGAUGACCAGUAUCAGGAUAUCAUCGCAUGGCAAGGAGAAUAUGGAGAGUUUGUAAUCAAGGAUCCUGAUGAGGUUGCAAAAUUAUGGGGAAUGAGGAAAUGCAAACCUCAUAUGAACUAUGAUAAACUUAGCAGAGCUCUCAGAUACUACUACAACAAAAGGAUAUUGUACAAAACAAAGGGAAAACGCUUCACAUAUCAAUUUAACUUUCGUGAGCUUGCUGCUCCUGUUGGUCUGACUCCACCACUGCCACACCAGAAUGCUGCUGCAGCAGCCAUGACAGCUCAGAUGCUCGAUAUUACAAGAAGACAACACUCAUUGUUGAUGGCUGGACAAAACAGUCUUGUUGCUUCUGCCAGAAACGCAGCAGCUGCUGCAUCAAGAUCCGAAAACAAAGAUGAUGUUUUCAGUUCACUACAGGAAUCCCCACUCCAGUCACCCAUACCACUUCCUGCUCAGAGACUUGCUGCUGCUCGUUUAUUGCGUGGUUCUGUCAGCGAUGGCAGCGAGGAAUCGCUCCCAACUUCCGAGAGUGAAGAUGUACUGCGUGGCAUGUCGGCACCAAUAAGCCCACUGGUUGGAGCCGUGCGGUAUCAGUGCCAUCCAUCAUUAAUACCACGGCACUAUCGCCACAGGAUGAUGCCGCCUGGCAUUGCUUCUUUACUUCCACAAGUUCCAAGUAGUCCACAGUUGCAAUCUGGUCAACCGGCCACACCCGGAUCAUUCCGUUUUCCAAUGCUCUACCCCGGAUCCCUCCCCACAACCCCCACCUACAUUGGCUACGUACCCAGCCCCACUUUCUCACCCACAUUCAGCCCCGCACAAACAGCAAGCCCUGGUCUACUCAACCCAGGCAGAAGACGUCACUUCUUCUCAUUUGACGUGGAUGACAUCAAAGCUUAUCACACUCCUCCUGGAGAAUCGAAAAAGGAAACCAAAGCAAAUGGAUCUCAUGUAAACAGUUCUUCCAACGGAUUUCUCACUCCUCACACUCCCGGCACUCCUCAUACUCCUUCUCUCUUACUUUCUCCUGGAGCAUACAGACAAAAUGAUGCGAGUUCUGCACAAGGUGCACUGAAGCUGCAGAAACCUCCAUUAAGCAGAAAAAGAAGCAGCGUAUCGGAUGGUGGUUAUUCUUCUAAACACAUUAAGUCUGAAAACGAUGAGAAAUCAGAUACGAAGACAAGAAACGACGAUUCGGAUCAAAAGGUCCCGAGUUCAAGUCCAGUGGAGGACAAACGUGAUUCUGACAAGGUAGAGGAAGUGAUAAAAUCACCGUGGUGUCCUGGCAUCUUUAAGAAGUCAGCAAAAGAGCGCACACCACUUGGAAAGCCACCAAAACUUAGAUUUAAGAGCAACCACGAAGAUGUUGAUGUUAGCGAACACUUUGGUCAUUCACUCUCACUCAACUCUCCAUCUGCAAUGACAAAAUCUCCAACUGCCUUUGGAUUCGGUUACUCUGCCAACUCACCAGGGUUCCUGAUGCCACGUCCAUCCUUCUUUUCAAUGCCUUCCCAACUCACCACCAACAGUCGCUCGUCACGCAAGGCUGGCCACAGCAUCCGCGACAUUUUGGGGCAGAGCAGUGAUGACGAUAACAGUGACGUAAUCAAGAACGGUGACGGAGACAAGUCAUCGACCGAAUCUGACGAGUCUCCGCCGAAGGAAAAGAAGGAGUCGAGCGACUGUGACGUCAGCAGUACGUCAUCGAAGGCGUUCGACGUCACUGUUACGUCAUCGAAAGAAGGUGACGAAUCUAUGAGCGUUGACAGUGGGUCGGUGAUGCCGGACAGCGAGCAUGAGGUGCAAGUGAAGAGAAACUCGUCAGACACUGAUCUGAGCUCCGAUGAAGACAUCCAAGUAGAUGUGGAAGACGAAGAGCAGCUUUGGGAUUGAUGAUCUCAGCAUAUUGCGCGCACCAACCUCUGCACUUCCAGUAACGUUGCAACACCUAGUGACCGCUCACCCUGCUCCAUUUCAUAUUCUCUCCAUGCCAACACUCACCGGCUGCUAUCUAUCGCUCCGCUAUUUUGACAAGAAGUUCAUUUCCCGCUGACAAUCGUUACUUGGUUUUUAAACAGAUGAACGGAAUCGGCAUGGGCCGUGCAAUCCUUCCCCGCUGCUUUACCUGACUACAACAGUGCGCAUGGAACUGAAACAGCGAGAGAAACUAAAAAAAGAACAAAGCACAAUGUGGUCCUAAGAAAUCUACCUACUGCGUGUCGAAAUUUUAUUUCUGCCAAAUGUUUUCUUCGUUCCGCGCAGUCAUCUGCCAACUAAGUGCCUCCGUCAUAAUAUGGCGGUAAAACUCGAUUAAGUCUCAAACUCGUGCAAAAGCAUUUUGCUUUUUCACCCACGAUCUCAUUAUGCACUGAUACUUAUUGGCCGGUUUUCACGCAACGUAUGGUACCUUCUAUUUUCGUCCCUUAUUUUUUUAAACCCAUUUUAUAAACCAGUUUUAGACUCAAGUUCCCGGGCAGAUUUUAUAUCGUUUUGUUUAGUGCCAUGCCGUCUCUAUAUCGUGCCAUUACGUGAACUUAACUAGGAUAUUACCAAUUUUUCUUUCAAUUCUGAACUUAUAAAUAAAUUCUUUGUUCAUUCCGAAAAUGUUUUAUCGCUCCCCGCUUGAGUUUUAUUGUUGCUAUUUCUUUGCUGACGCGCAGCGCUUCCACCCACUACGAACGCAGUGUACUUCGUCGUGUGACGUCAUCAUCUCUGACGUCAUCACGACUCACUCAUUUUUGUACAGAGCUAAAACAGCGUCGAUGCUUUUUGCUAAACUAAUUUUCUAAUAAAGUCACCUAACAGUGAA